AUGAGAACUCAGCGACCAGUGGUGAUAAUGGCAGCCAUGAUGGCCCUGAUAUCCAUGGCAGCGGCUGGUGGUGGAGGCGGAUAUGGUGGCAGUAGAGGAGGUGGAUUUGGCGGAGGACAUGGAGGUGGUGGAUUUGGUGGAGGAAACGUAGGCGGCUUUGGCGGAGGACACGGAGGCAGUGGUUUCAGUGGAGGAAGCGGAGGUAGUGGUUUCAGCGGAGGCCAUGGAGGCAGUGGCUUUGGAGGUAGCAGCUCUGGAGGCUACGGAGGAAGCAGAGGAGGCGGAAGUGUAGUCACAGGAGUCUUGGUUGGUAGCGGGUCCCUUCCGAGCGGCGGCGGAGGCGGAUACGGAGGUGGAAGUGGGGGCGGAUUCGGAGGCAGCUUCGGAGGCGGACAUGGAGGCAGCUUCGGCGGUGGAAAUGGAGGCGGUUUCGGAGGUGGCUUUGGGGGCGUCGGAGGUGGUCACGGAGGCAGCUUCGGAGGUGGAAAUGGAGGCGGUUUUGGUGGCGGAAGCGGAGGCAGCGGAUACAGAAAAUAG